UCGCUGUGGUCUGGAGGAGGGAAGCCGCCUGGGUGCCGUGAUUGGAAGGAGGGGCCGCUGGUUUGCAGGGAUCAGGGGUCCACAGCCCAAAGGUUGGGUCAGGAGCCUCAAAGGAACAGCAUGAGAGGGAGACAGGACAGGAGACAGAGUGCUCCUUGGCCAGGAAUAAGUGGUUAGCUAGCAGGAGAUAGCAGGAUUCGGGUAGAAACCCCGGCAGGGCAGGUCGGCCAGAGAUCAGCAGAGAUCAGAGGGCAGCCCGAGAGCACUCCGGCUGGGAGACAGGCCGGCAGGGGCAGCCAAUCCAAGGAACGGUGGGUGGUCAGGCCCUCCAUCCAGAUGGGCCGGUUCCAUGGUGAUGAAACCUCCUGGUGAGCGGAUCCUCCGCUGAGGCAGCCCGAGUGGGUGUGAAACCCCAGGAGCAGGGUCCCCAGUCCACGGAGACCGGUCUCGUUCCCUGGCUGGGUAAGGGGGAUGCCCAGACUUCGGGCUGGAGCCCAUUCUUCCCGAGCUUGAGCGAGCAGGUCCAAAGGGGAGGUGCGUGGAAUGAUCCGGCCGUGAGAGCCGCUGAGCCAGCCGCGAGUUGUCAGGAAAAGCAGAUUCUGCGGGACACGGCCGGGUGGUCAGAUACGGACGUUGUUGGAAGCAAUCGAUGCCUGCCAGAUAAUCCAAAGGAGAGCGUCAGUUAGACGCGCUAUUGGUCAGGGGCGCAUAGGCAGCCCGCUCUGCCUUUAGUUGGGGACGUUCGGGUGGUAGGAGACAGGCAGGCGGCCUGUCGCCUGGAGAUGGUGGGGCAGUCGGCCGGCUCUCUGGCCAGGACGGGUGGGCCAUCAGCCUGACCAAGACUGAGCCAGCAGACCGGUCAUUUGGGGCAUCGCGUGGCCAGCAGGCCGGAAGUUGUUGCGGGGCGGAGCGUAGAGGAGGAGUUGAGGGGUCCCGUGGCCGCGUAGAGUCUGCCUGGCAGGAGACCCCCAGAUGGUCAGUGCCCCAGAGACGGCCAAACCCUCCGCCUCCCAGCCUCACGGCCGUCCCGCCCCAGCAACCCCAUGUCAGCCUCCCAGCUGGCAGCGCUGGAAGGAGCGGAGUCGGAGGCCGGGGGGCCGCCCUUGACCGAGGCCAGCCCCGGCUUCCUGUAUUCCGAGGGCCAGCGGCUGGCGCUCGAGGCCCUGCUGAGCAAGGGCGCGGCGGCGUUCGAGGCCUGCGUGCAGCGAGAGGGGCUGCGGCCCUUCCUGAGCGGGGAAGAGCUGCGGAGUCUGGCGGCGGCGGCCGAAGACUGGACAGCGUCCAAGCAGCGGCCCGACAGGGCGGCAGAGGGAGCCGCCGCCACCGAUGGGGACUCGGGCAGCCUGACCUACUGGCCUGGACGGUCGGAGGAGCUGGUGCCCACGCUGCGGCUGGGCUGGCCGGAGGACCCGGCCUGGAAGGGAAUCACCCGGGUGCAGCUGUUCACCCAGCCACCCGACGAGGGCCACCCGCCCCUCAAGGAGCUGGUGCGCCAGGAAAUCCAGGCCGCCCGCAAGCUAGUGGCCGUGGUCAUGGACAUCUUCACUGACCCAGACCUGCUCUCGGACCUGUUAGACGCCGCCACACGCCGCUGGGUGCCUGUCUACCUGCUCCUGGACCGCCAGCAGCUGCCUGCCUUCCUGACGCUGGCCCGGCAGCUGGGGGUGAACCCCUGGGCCACUGAGAACCUGGAUAUCCGGGUCGUGCGAGGCUGCAGUUUCCAGAGCCGCUGGCGACGGCAGGUGAGUGGCAACGUGCGUGAGAAAUUUGUGCUGCUGGACGGCGAGAGGGUCAUCUCUGGAUCCUACAGCUUCACGUGGAGCGACUCCCGCCUGCACCGAGGCCUGGUGACCCUGUUGACCGGCGAGAUUGCUGCCGCCUUCAGCCGAGAGUUCCGGACACUGUAUGCGGCCUCCUGGCCACUCCCGUCCGCGCCCACCUCGGGCCCCUUCGUCAGCAUCGUGGGGGGGCUGCAGCUGGCCCACAACCCCCACCGUGUGGCCCGCCGCCGCUCUGUGGCCCCCGUGUCACCGCCACCGCCCGAUGGCCCGCUGGCCCAACGCUUGGCCACCUGCAGAGUCUUUGACGGGGACAGGCAGGAGACCCCGGCCACCCCAGGGCCGGCGCUGAGCGACAUCCUGAGGAGUGUCCAGCGCGCCCGGACCCCCAGCGGCCCCCCGGCCCGGCCCAGCCACUCCCUGUGGGACCUGAGCCGCCUGUCCCAGCUGUCCGGCUCCAGCGACGGUGACAACGAGCUCAAGAAAUCCUGGGGUUCCAAGGACACCCCCGCGAAGGCCCUGAUGAGGCAGCGGGGCAUGGGAGGGGCCCCCUGGGGUGAGACAGAACCCCGACCUCUGGGCCGGUCCCAGCCCCCAGGCGGCCCCCUCCCCGUCCUCCCUGCCCGCCGCCUCCGCCAUCUGUCCCCGACCAGAAGGAGGUUUGGUGAGGAUGCCACCUCCAAACUGCAGGAACCCCGAGGCACCCAGCAGCCGGACUGGGCUGCCCAGGCAGGACUCAGGGGGCGACCCUGACGGGAGCCAAAGCCACCCUGGCCGGGCCUGUCGACGGUCACCUCCCAGCCCCCCGUCCCCCGUCCGUGUGGUGCCUUGGACAAGGCUUCUGGCCUCGGUGUCCAGGAAGCGGCAGGGAUGUUUCCCCCUUUGUUCUAGAACUCGGGCAAGGUCGCAUUUCAGAAAAUGGGCAGAAAGUCUCCACCCGCUGGCAUCCCGGGACAGGGCAUAUCCAAUUGCGGCCAGGCCGGAACUUGUCUGACGACGGGCCUGGCCGAGUGGCCCCCGAGCCGGCGUCGCGUGGGGGCGAAGGUGGGGCGUCCCUGGGACAGGGUGGGGAGCCUCCUGGAUCUAUCAGGCUCCGGAGCUGUGGGUAAACUGAGCUUAGCAGAGGAGAGGAGAGAAUCCAGUCCAGGGAGUGGGGCUUAAUAAUGAGGGACAGGAAAUUGGUGGGGACUCCUGCUGGGGGACCGGUCAGGGCCCUGGGCGCCGGGACUGUUUUCUGGGUGCCAAGGGGCGAGUUGUUGGGGCUCCCUUUACCUCCGCUCAGA